AACGAUGAAACAGGGUGAAAAAAAAAAGAAAAAAGAAAAAAAAUCCUACGUAUUUGGAUCGUGUGUCUCGUGUCAGUAAAAACCAAAUAAAAGAGACCAAAAUAGGAGAUAACCGAAAAAGCAUGGCUCCUUCCUCUUCUUCUUCUUGUUCUCCUUCUUCCUCCAAAUCUCCUCCUCCUCCUCUCCCUCACCAGUCUCCUUUUUUCACCCCUAUUCAAGAAUGUGAAAGAGAGGAACAAGAAGAUGCUACCCCGUGUGUAAGCACGGACAAAGGGAUGACGCCAAAGCACCUCGCAACACCCCUCCAUAACAAAAACAUUGGAAAAGCCAACGCCAGGAAACGUCAAGAAUCUGGGGGAAAUGGCGGCGAAGAUGGUUCGGUUUCUUGCAACAAGUGCAGGCCACACUCUAGGGAGAAGAUCUCCGUGGUUCCUUUGGACAACAAUGGAGUUAACAAGCACUCAUUUUCCAUGGCAAGUCCUAAUGGGAUUUUCAAGUCCAUUUUCCAUUCUUUAACAAGAAAGAGUCCAAAAUCUACUGAUAUGUCUACAGCCAGAGAAGAGCAGUGGAAAAUUGCUGUUGCUGAACUGUCAAACAAGCUUAUUCAAUCUACAAGAAAGAGAGAUGAAGCAUUGCUGGAAGCUUCAAGGUUGAAAUAUUCCAUGGCUGAGCUUGAGAAGAAGCUUAACAAGCUUGAAGUGUACUGUCAUAAUCUGAAGUCUGGUCUGGAUGAAUGUAACAGCAACUCUCCUUACAGAAUUGGUAAAGGUCAUAAUAUUCAUCAAGUGAAGGAUCGAGAUGGAGUUAUUGGAGCUAAUGAACAAGUGAUUCAACAAUUUUUGGUUUCUGUCUCUGAGGCUAGAUCUUCAAUCAGGCUUUUAAGUAGAUCACUCACCAUGCAAUUAAGGCACAUGGGUAGCAAAGUUUGUGAGAGAAUAUCUGUCCUUUUACAGCCUUAUGAUAUGAAGAUUUCUUACUCGAAGAACCCCAAAACCCUCCUUCUUUACCUUGAAGCUUUGUUGAAUAAGGCUUUCUUUGAAGAUUUUGAAUCAAUUGGGUUUCAUAAGAAUGCAGUGAACCAAAUAUUGAACCCUAUUGAUCGUUGUGCAGCCAAUUAUGGGUCAUUCAAUGAUUUACAAGGUUUAACAUGGGAGGAGGUUCUGAAUAAGGGGACAAGGCAUUUCAGUGAGGAGUUUAGCAAGUUUUGUGACAGGAAAAUGAGUGAAAUUGUGGCUAUGUUGGGUUGGAACAGAGCCUGGCCUGAGCCAUUGUUGCAAGCCUUUUUCAGUGCGUCAAAGAGUGUGUGGUUGUUGCACCUUUUGGCCAACUCGGUGCACCCUGGCUUGCCCAUCUUCAGGGUGGAUAAGGGGGUGAGGUUUGAUUCAGUUUACAUGGAGGAUAUGGGUGGAGAAAGAGCCAGAAAAUUGAUUCCAAGCGUGGCUCGGCUCAUGAUCACGCCAGGGUUCUAUGUCUAUGGCAAUGUGGUCAAGUGCAAGGUUAUUUGCAGGUACUACAACAAUAUGGACAAUAGCUUAAUUGAUAAGGGUUUAACCCCAUCUCCCUAGUGUUUAAACUUAAUUGGGUUGAGUUCAAAGUUGAAAUCUCUUUUGAUUACUUUGCACUUUGUAAUAUUUUAGUGUUAGUUUAUAUGUGAUAAAUGGGUGUUCAAGAGUACUUUUUCAGUUUUUGGGGUAGGGAUAUAUAUAUAUAUAUAUAUAUUAUAAUAAUAUUAUAUAUUAUAUUUUUUCCCCAGCACAGUUAAGUGCUAGGGGUUCUUGGAUUAAAGUAAAGAAUUGGCAUUUUCUUGUUC